AUGUCACAAUUAGAGAAACUUACAUUAUCUCUUGUCGUUAGAGAUCGAACUUCAUUUAUUGACGGUACACAGUUACAUAACGAUAUACUUCAUAAAAUGGCACAUUUACGUAUAUUUACCUUUGAUAUCGUCACUAGAAACGUCAUUUUUUCCCAAGGAGCACAACCAUCUUCUGAUGAUGUUCGGUGUACAUUCGUUGAAAGAGGAUAUUAUGUUAAUUGUUAUAUUGAUUAUUAUUCACAAGGAAUAAAUUUAUGUCAUAUUUAUUCGCUGCCAUUUACUAUGAAACGUAUGCGUCAUGUAACUAACAGUUUUCCCGAUGGUCUAUUCAUAAGCGUUCAUAAACUAACUCUACAUGAUUUAUGGAUUCCAUUUGAACAUGAUUUCUUUGUUAAAAUAUCGAAAUCUUUUCCAUUAAUUAGUCAAUUAGCAUUACUCAAUGUAUGGAAACAAGAAAAGAAAGUAAGAGAUCAACUCAAUGAACAUGAACAAACAUUUUCAAUCAUCGAGUAUUCACACCUCGUAGAGAUCGAUCUUAAUUGUGCACACGUCGACUAUGUCAAACAAUUUUUAUUUAAUUCAAAGACACGUUUACCUUCUCUUAAUACCUUGUAUGUUAACUAUCAAGAUUUGAUGACUACAACAGAAAAUUUCACAAAUGAUCUUGCUCGUGAAAACUGCAAAAGUGAAAAAUAUUAUUUUUGA